AUGGCCACAACAGAGUAUACUUCUGAUGAGUCUCUGCACAGAGACAAAAGAAAUCAAGAUCUCCCAAUGAUGCUGAAAGAAGUGGGACUGGAUCCUGAGUUCUGGUUGCCUAAGCUACAAGAGCACCUGGGAGUGUCCUGUCCUCUGGCCUUAAAAUACUUAAAUGAAAAAGACCUCCAGAAACUGAAAUCCUAUGCACAACAUCCAUGGGAAAAAAGGGCCCUGGAGAAGCUGUUUGACCUUUCACAUUCAAAUAGUCACCCAGAGUUACAAGACUUUCCAACGGACAUGGCAAAGAAAAGGCAGGAGCAAGCAGAACGGGCACUGCAGGAGCUGAUGGACUUGCUGUCAAAAGGAAGGCAGAGGCAGGAAGAGUCAGUGAGGAUGAAAGAAGCAGAGCUGAGGCAAGCAAUGGAGAUCCCUGAAGAGUACUGGCCACCUCCUGAAAUACCCCUAAGAGAAGUCAUAGAAAAUCUGCAGAGACAAAUCAGUCUUAUGGAACAGACAUUGUCUAAAAGGCAAAACUUCUCAGAUAGAGAUCUGGUAAGAUGGGCAUCUGGAGGCCUUGCCCUGCAGGGAAUUUAUAAAACUAACCACCAAGGAACCCUCAUUGAGAAAAGAGAAGAGCUACUCAGUGUCCCAGAGGUGGUUUUACUCUUUGGCCCUCAGCAGGGUGCAUGGAUGGAAACAAAGGAAUUUACAUCUUUGCAAGAAGAAUCCAUGUUCUCCCAGAGUAUAGAGAAGCUGGGCUUCAGUGUAACUGCCUCAUUCAAGGGUGGAGGAUGGAGACUUAGUCUAGAAGCUGGUAUAGAUCGAGGCAAACAUUCUGAAUCCAAGGAAAUUCAACAAUCACAUUGUGAACAGUCUUACUUCUGCUCAACCAAGUUUAGUUAUGUCCCUUUGGCCUCCUGUCACUUUCCUAUUGAGCAGCUCAAGCUAUCCAAGCCUUCUCUCCAGGAAUUGAAAAGCAUUGAAGACCUCCUGGAUCAUACAACGGGCUCAGAAAGACUCUCCUUGAUAAGGAAUAUGACUGAAAACUUCUUCCACAGGUUUGGGUCUCAUGCUAACCAAGGCCCUCUGCACCUGGGAGGAAUCUACUGGUGGAAGGCAAUUUCAGAGGGUUUCCAAAAGGAGCAGCUAGAGGAUGUCAAGAAGCAGGCAGCAGAGGCCCUGGAUAUUUACAUAAGGGGCAGCUACAGUGGCUUUGGAGUGAAAGUUACUACAGGCAUAAAUGUGUCAAAUUCUCAAUCAAAAGCAUACUCUCAAAACAAAACCUUCCAAAAUCUCCAAACCAAAAUCCAGUUAUCUGUGACGCAGGUAGGUGGCCCUCCAGAGGCAGAUGGCCUUGUCCAGUGGAAAGCUGGCCUUAUGGCCAGCAAUCAAACCUGGUGUGUCAUUGACAGGGGUCUUCAGCUGGUGCCAGUUUGGGACAUCAUCCUCUCCAGCCACAGAAGUGAUUUUAAGGAUGCUCUACAGUUGGUUAACUGCCUGAAGGAGAACUAUGCUGCUCUGACUGUAAACACUGUCAACUUUUGCAAAAAUUCUCCCACUCAUAGAACAAAAUUUAUUAAAUCACAGUUGUGCAGCCUUCUGGAUCCUCAUAUCUACCAAGUAACAAACUUUCCUCAGGCUCACUCCAUUAUGCAGUGGAUCUACCAGUCAGAGAUAGAACAAGAGCAAAUCAACAUCUCCCAAUUUUCUGAAUUAAUUAAAACCUUAAAAGAAAUCCAAAAAAAUCUUAUGGAAGUGAGUGUCAAAUCUGAGUCCCCAGAAACAGUAGAAGAAGCUCAAAGAAAGGCCACAUAUGAAGUCAGUAUAGCUCUCAGCUGCUUUUUAAAUUACCUCCAAGAAAAAGAACAGUCAGAAACACAGCUCUUACUAAUGUCCAUUGCAACUGGUGCAGGAUAUCAAGUGGUGAACAACACUUUUCAGUAUCUCCUAGGGUGUGAUGAGUUAAAUUUUCUACUGGAUGAAAUGGAAACAGCCUACAAUAAAUACCAGGAGCUGAAAAGUAUUUGCAGCUACCGGGCUCAGGCAUUUCUUCUGCUCACAGGUCUGACGGCCACAGUUGGAGUCACAGCUAUUUCUCCAAAAGACAAAAUACAACGCAUGGCACUAAUGAGACAUCACAUGGAACAGUCAUUGUCUGAAGAAGUUGCAAAUGUCCUCACCAAACUUGGAGCAGAUCAUGAUUGGGAAAAUCUAGAGAAAGACUUGAGAUUACUUAUUGAUGGGAAUUACAAAGCCACUGUAUCUUCUUUGAAAAUGGAUGAGGUUAAAAAACAAUUGCAAAGUCUUUUCCAUGAAAAGAAACAAUCCAAGGAAUCAUAUAAUAAUGAAAAUGACAAACGGGAAGUGAUAGAAAAUGGUGCCUUUUUAGAUUUACUCCAGCGUCUAGGCCUAGAACAUUACUACCCAAAAAGGAUGACCAGAGAUAACUUUCACCUAAUCUACAAGACUUCUGUACACAACACACAGCCAAGUUCUGAACAGGAACUUCCCUUCUAUUUCCUACAAAAGUUGCUGAUGCUGGAUUAUGGACUGAGACACUUGGUCUUCAAAGAUGACAAAAAUACGAGACACCAGGUAUAUCCGAGUGCUUCCAAUGAGGAAAAUGAGGCAUUUGAUCCAUAUGAAGAUUUUUUUAAAGAUAAUGAUAGUCUCACUAACCCUUCAGCUACUGAUCUCAGACCCCAAAUUCACCCAAUGGAUAUUCAAAUGGCAAUUUUUCACUGUGCAGAUGAUUUCGCCAGACAAUAUAUUUUGGGCAAACUUUCCAUUUGUCAAUUUGCCAUUCCCCUUGUGGUGCCUAACCCCUGCACUUCUCAAAUUGAGUUCUCUCUUUGGUCUCUAAGUCAAAUUAGAAGAAGCUGGCAGCAAGCAAGGAAAUUACCAAAAGGUAAAAAGAGCAGUUUCAAAAAUCAACAGAUGUGCCAUGUCUCUACCUCCAUUGUAUCCUUCAUUAGAGUUGGCAAUGACCUCUCUGCAUCCAAAUCUCAGAUCAUGAACUGUCUUCUCAGUAAGCGUAAACAUGAUGUGUUUUUUCACCGACACUGCAAAGGAAGCAGCAAAGACUGUCUCCUGAUGGAGGGUGUGGUGGAAAUCUGCUGGUACUGUCCAGCAGGGGAAGAUGAAGACAGAUUUGACAACUGUGUGACCUUCACUAAUCUUCAUGGAGAUGCAAAGGAACACAAGCAGCAGCUCAAUUUUCUGCAAGAAGUCUCUUCCAUCAUUGUAGUCCUCAUGUCAGCAUCUGAUGACAAUGAAGAAAACCAGAAGAUUGUCCGUGAGUUGUGCCAGUCAUCAAGACCUUUGAUCUUCUUGCUUGAUGACAAACAAAAAACAAUAGCCAAUAAUUCUGGCAGAAGAGUGAGAAUUGGUAUCAGGAAUAGAAAUGAGGCAGAAUUAACAGAAGAGCUCACUGCUACAAUCACACAUUUGCUAGAGCUCUCUGGCCUUACUCUCAGCUUAGAAGACUGUUCUCAGAUUGCUCACAAGCAAGGAUUCUUUAUUGAUGAAGACCACAAAGAGUGCAAGGAAGCCAAAGAAAAGGCAGAGAUUAUAAUGGCCCUUUUGGGAGAAACUAAUUUAUCUCACAUGAAAGAAAAUUUACUACCUCUGCAGGGACAACUAUGGCAUCUUUGGUGUAAGAAGGACAAAGAAUUCUAUCAUUUGAGAGAAAAGGGGAACAGGAGCAUUGAGCAACACAAGAGUGAAAUUGAGACAGAUAAAAGAAUAAUUAGGUGCCAACAGUUGGAAAAAGCAUUUCCUCUCAAUGAUUUAAUGCACUCUGUCCUUCAAAUUUUGCAAGAACAGUCAGAAACUCAUAGCAAACUCUACUUCUUUCAGUGGCUGAGUGUGUUUUUGAACAACCUGACUGCAGGACACUUGGAAAAAUUACGUGACAAGCAAAGAUAUUUAUGGUCAAAGAUACAAACAGAAAAGCAAAAGGCACAAAACAACAACUACCUGAAGCUCUGGCAAAAUGAGAUAGAAGCCAUCUCCACAGAGAUCAGUGACUGUACCUUGGGAAUUGAGCAACUUCUCAGAGAAAUUGGCCAGAUCUACGAAGCUCUAGAAGAAACUUCUUCCACAAAAGAUAUUCUUUUUCUCUCCCUUCCCCAAAUUGCUGCAGAUCUGAUGAUCUCUGGCAUGCCCAUUGAGCUGAUGGAUGGGGAUGCUUCCUACGUGCCUCUGAAGUGGGUGGCAGCUAUUUUUGAUGAGGUCUCUAAGAAAAUUGGAGACAAACGACUAUUUGUUCUUUCUAUCCUUGGCCUGCAGAGUUCAGGGAAGUCCACCCUGUUGAAUGCCCUUUUUGGGCUGCAGUUCAGUGUCAGUGCAGGCAGGUGUACCAGAGGUGCCUACAUGCAGCUCCUAAAGGUAGAGGAGACCUUCACAGAAGAACUUGGAUUUGACUAUAUGCUAGUUGUAGACACAGAAGGACUUCGGGCCCCAGAACUCAACAACAAAUCCCAGAACUGGGACAAUGAGUUAGCAACCUUUGUCAUUGGACUCGGAAACUUGACUCUCAUCAAUAUUUUUGGAGAGAAUCCAUCAGAGAUGCAGGAUAUCUUACAAAUAGCUGUUCAAGCCUUUCUGAGGAUGAAACAAGUAAAAAUUUUCCCAAGUUGCCUCUUUGUUCAUCAGAAUGUAGGAGAAGUUACAGCUAAUGAUCAAACUAUGGAAGGACGACGGUGUUUAGAACAGAGACUAGAUGAAAUGGCAGUAACUGCUGCUGAACAAGAAGAAUGUUCAGACAUAACCCACUUCAGUGACGUCAUUAAAUUUGAUGUCAAUACUCAUGUCCACUACUUUGCACACCUAUGGGAUGGCAAUCCCCCAAUGGCUCCUCCUAAUCCUCGUUAUAGCCACAAUGUCCAAGAACUGAAAGGUAGAAUUCUCUUGACUGCCAAACAAGAAUCCAGAGGAAGCAUCAUGAAAAUUUCAGAUGUAAAAUUCCGAGUUCAGGAUUUGUGGAGAGCCCUGGUCAAUGAAAACUUCAUUUUCAGUUUCAGAAACACUCGUGAGGUCAUGGUCAUGAGCAAACUGGAAACCAUGUAUAACCACUGGACCUGGGAACUAAGGAGUCAUAUGCUGGAGUUGCAGAAUCAGCUGAACAAUCAGAUUCAGAAUGGAAAAAUUCAGAUACUCAAAACUAGCAUGUGUGAGAUUCCAAUUACAGAAAAAUAUAAAGCCAUCAAAUGUGAACUUGAAAAAUAUUUCAAUGAUGAUACAGAUAGUGAAAUAUUGGUUCAAUGGAAAGCAAAUUUUGAAAAUAAGUUAAUAAUCCUUAAAGAGGCUCUCAUUGCAGACAGUAAACAAAAAGCCAAUGAAUUCAUUCGUUUAAAAAGAAAUCAAGAAAGAUUAGAUAAAAAAAAGACAUGCUAUGAGAGUGAAUUAUUAGAAAGAAGCCGAAAGUUGGCUUUAACUGUAAAAGGUAAAGAACUGAAUGAAGAAGAGUUACAUGAGAAAUUUAAUCAGCUUUGGAAAAAAUGGAUCUAUGAUGUGUCCUCUGAUCUUCCUCAAGUUACAGAGCCUGACAUUGAUGUGGAUUCUGAAAACAUUCUUUGGGAAUAUUUCCAAAAGGAGAUAAACUUGGUGGACUUACUAAAGAGAAAUUCGGGGGAGAAGUUUCAAAUCAAUUAUGAAGAGCAUAUCAAAAUGAAUAAGAAGUAUAAUUUCAUGACAAGAACCUUAAAGGCUCAUGAUAGAGAAUCCAUUAAUAUGACAACUCACCUCAUUAUUUCAAGAUUUAAUGAAACUAUGAACAACAUUCGUAGGCAGCAGUGUGAUUAUAAUCCAAGUUACUUCCAUGAAAUCCUGAGAACAAUAGAUGAGGAAGUAAAAUCUGCACCCACUGAGGAAAGAUACACAUUUACAAGCAAAUACAAUAUUGAAUUAUCUUUGUGUUUAUUCCAAAAAGCAUCAAAGAGUUUUAAGGAAAUGCACAGGGCAUUUAAGAGAGCAAAUGAUCCUGUAAACUAUCUGGAAAGCAAAAAAGAUGAUUUCUUCAUGAGUUUUAAGAUCUCCUGUCAAGGAGCAACCUCAGUCAAAACAUUUGUUGAUUUUUUGUGGCACAAACUCACCCCUGCUAUCUCUGCCACCAUAUGGAGAAAAAUGAUCAUUCAAAUUGCUGGAGACAUGCAAGCUACCUGCCCUGAAUUCAAUGGAAACAGGGCUAACCUGGAGAAAUACAUUCUCAUCAUUUUGGCAGAAGAAGAAAACUUUGAUAAUUACUGGCAAUACCUUCACCACACAAAAUCUUUUUUUGGUAACUUCAUUAAAAACCAUAUUAGAAGAUACUGUACAGAAAAAUGUGAAAAAAUAAAGACUUUCUUAAAACUAAGUUUAGAUGACAUUAAGAAUGCCAUCCUCUCUGCUCUUCGUGAAUCCACAGCAGUAGCUAAAGAUAAAAGCAGCACUGCAUCUGGAUGGCUGGAUUUCUUCUGUGAUUACCUGGGGAACAACUUGAUCUUUCCACGAAGAGAUCUGAUAAGCAUUGAACACCAGGAGAUAAAAGAUAUAGAGUUCCUCAAAGAAGCCAUGAGUGCAGCUUUGGAUCCUGCAAUAAAGAAAGUUGAGCAGAAUUGUUCAAGUAUGCCUACUGAUGAAAUGGUUUCUGAAAUUGAGAAAAUCCUCUCUGAACAUCUUUGUGGCUGCUGGAAACAGUGUCCUUUAUGUAAUGCAAUUUGUACCAACACUAUUCCUACACACGAAGGAGACCACAGUGUUCCAUUCCACCGUCCUCAGGCCAUCAGUGGGUGGCAUAAGCACAAAACAGACCACUUUGUUAUUGACUGCUGUACCAGUUCAGUGGCAAGUGAUCGUUUCAUGAUUUUUGGAAAUGAUCAGAAAAUCCCCUAUAAAAACUACCGGCAGGCAGGAGGGGAUUAUGCCACAUGGAGCAUCACCCCAGAUUCAUCGACCCAGCCAUACUGGAAAUGGUUUAUUUCACACUUCAGAACAAAGCUUGAAGAAAAAUAUCAGAAAAAAUUUAUAGAUACAGGUAGAAUCCCUGAUGCCUGGGCGAAAAUCACAAAGCAGGAUGUGCUUGAUGACCUAAAAAAAUAG